CGAUACAUAAGCCAUUUCCGAUAAACGUUGUGAUCUGGAUAACUUACGAUCACAGACAGAUAAACGUUAUCACAACGAGAUAGGAACAUGAUCUGCAGUCAAUGCUUAGUCACCAUUUGGUUCCACCAAAAUGAAGUUAUCCCACACAAUCUUUAUUUCAUUAGGUGUAUUCUGCUUGUCCACUGCAACGACACCAUUGCCACUAACCGAGGAGUCAUCAGCUCGUAUAGUAAAUGGAUACGCCGUUGACAUCUCACAAGUUCCAUAUCAAGCGUCACUGAGGCGAAGGACUGUCGGGGGCUGGGCGCAUAUGUGUGGCGCUGUAGUCGUCAGCGCAAGAGGAGUGCUUACUGCUGCUCACUGCGGAGUUAGUUAUGUUGACCAGCCAACUUCAGUGGCGGCAGCGGUGGGCUCAUCGCAGCGCAACUCCGGCGGAACAUCUUAUACCAUAUCACGCUUCUUGAUUCAUGAGUUGUACAGCACUAUGACAUUGGAGCACGACAUAGCUCUAGCCAUAACUAGCCAGAACAUCGCCUUCGACCGUACUGUCGCAUCGGUGUCCAUUGCACCAGUUGGCAUGUCGAUUCCACCAAACGCAGAAGCUCUUGUUACAGGGUUUGGACAAAUCGCCACCGGUGAUGUUGCGUCAUCGGUGCUACUGGCAGCUCAAGUCAAGAUCGUCGACCAAACGUCAUGUCUGAAGGCAUACCUCCGCAUUGCUGCUAUUACCCCGGGGAUGAUUUGCGCCAUUGGCACCAGCCCAUUACGAGACGCCUGCCAAGGGGACUCCGGAGGUCCCCUGGUCUAUGACAACCGACUUAUCGGGAUCGUGUCGUUCGGAGAGGGCUGUGCCGACAUCAACUAUCCAGGCGUGUACACGCGGGUUUCUGCAUAUGAGUCCUGGAUCUACCAAAAGUUGACGGAAAUAUGACACCGAUGAUGACCUACAUACACUGUGAAAUUUAAAUUUACUAGAAGGAUGCAGAAAAGUAUUAAAAUUAUAUAAGUAUGUAUAUUUAUUAAUUCUAGUACAUGAAAAUGAUACAUAAAAUAAUAUUUUAGAAUGAAAAGAAUAUUACCAACAAUUUCUAUUACUUCUUAGAUUCUUUUGUUUGCCUACACGAAAUGUUAGACGUAAUAACGAGCUUACUGCUGAAAUUUUAAUGGAUCGUUUCAGCCUAGAGCAGUCUAUAGAUUUUUAAGGCCUAUAUUACUAAAUGGUAACACAGGGAUAUUAUCCGUAAGGGAAUUCAAAUACGUUUGCUGCUUUUUGCAAUAGCAUCUAUUAGCACGCCAAUCGGCAUUAACCUUCAAUUCCUGGAUUUACUUUGUCAGUGAGAAAUUUGGUAAUUGAUGAGAAAUAGCCAACGUAAGUAUAACAAACAGAUCCGUUUAAGUAUUAAAACCGUAUAAAAGUAGCACAAGUGGAUUACAUAAAGUUAUCGAUUGAUAAACCACCGAUGAACGACAAUGGUGACGUUAAGCAACCUAAUUUGAAUACAAACAGCUUUCUACGGCGCCUGCCGUAGGUACUUACAGGCCUGGUGUCAAUGACUUAUCGAUACCGUGUCGAUUUACAUAUCGUAAUAAUUAUAAGAAACUGUUAACUCAC